AAAUUGAAAAGUCUUUGGUGCCCGGCUGCCACCCGGCCCUCUGUGAUCCGAGCCGCCUGCCUCGGGCGAGCUGGCCCAGGGCGAAAGGAAGCGUGUUCUCUGGAAUGGGCUUGCGGGCCGCUUGUGCACAGCCUGUGAACAGGAGUGGGGCGGCGAGGUCGCCGGUGUUGUAGCUGGCGUGCCGCUGGCGGGCGCCCUGAGAUGAUGCCUGCGCAGCGGCCCCCGGCCAUUCCCACCACGCUCCAGAGGAAACGUUUAUGCGAGCGUAUUUACGCAGCUUAGAAGAGGCAUCAGCUUCACAGAAUGUGUGUUACGUCAGUUUUCCUCAAAGUGGAAGAAAACUCUUUUUAGAGGCAUUGUCUGAGAGGUGGGAGGCUGAUUGUUUUUCUCAAACUGCGGCUUGAGGAGCACCUGCAGCCAGAUUACCUGGAUUUAAACGUCGGAAUCCCCCCACCUGGCUCCGCAGCUGGUGAAUGCGCUGCUGAACUAGAGCAUCCGAGUUUUGAUACAGCAUCAAGUUAACUUGGCACAAUGGGGAUACAAGGAUUGCUGCAAUUUAUCAAAGAAGCUUCUGAACCAAUCCACGUGAGGAAGUAUAAAGGACAGGUAGUAGCUGUGGAUACAUAUUGCUGGCUUCACAAAGGAGCUAUUGCUUGUGCUGAAAAACUAGCCAAAGGUGAACCUACUGAUAAGUAUGUAGGAUUUUGUAUGAAAUUUGUAAAUAUGUUACUCUCUCAUGGGAUCAAGCCUAUUCUUGUAUUUGAUGGAUGUACUUUACCUUCUAAAAAGGAAGUGGAAAAGUCUCGAAGAGAAAGACGACAAGCCAAUCUUCUUAAGGGAAAGCAGCUUCUUCGUGAGGGGAAGGUUUCAGAAGCCAGAGAAUGUUUUACCCGUUCCAUCAAUAUCACACAUGUGAUGGCCCACAAAGUCAUUAAAGCUGCCCGGUCCCAGGGAGUGGAUUGUCUCGUGGCUCCAUACGAAGCAGACGCGCAGCUGGCCUAUCUUAACAAAGCUGGUAUUGUACAAGCCAUAAUCACAGAGGACUCUGAUCUCCUCGCUUUUGGCUGUAGAAAGGUGAUUUUAAAAAUGGACCAGUUUGGAAAUGGACUAGAAAUUGACCAGGCUCGGCUGGGAAUGUGCAGGCAGCUUGGGGACGUGUUCACCGAGGAGAAGUUCCGGUAUAUGUGCAUACUUUCAGGCUGUGACUACCUCUCCUCACUGCGUGGGAUCGGGUUAGCAAAGGCCUGCAAAGUGCUGAGACUAGCCAAUAAUCCGGAUAUUGUAAAGGUCAUCAAGAAAAUUGGACACUAUCUUAAGAUGAAUAUAACGGUACCGGAAGAUUACAUCAAAGGAUUUAUUCGGGCCAACAAUACCUUUCUUUAUCAGCUAGUUUUUGAUCCCAUCAAAAGGAAACUCAUCCCUCUGAAUGCAUAUGAAGACGACAUUGAUCCUGAAACACUGAGCUACGCUGGGCAGUAUUUUGAUGAUUCCAUAGCUCUUCAAAUAGCACUUGGAAAUAAAGAUAUAAAUACUUUUGAACAGAUCGAUAGCUACAAUCCAGACAUUGCUACGCCUGCCCAAUCAAGAAGUCAUAGUUGGAAUGACAAAACAUGCCAGAAGUCCUCUAAUGUUAAUAGCAUUUGGCAUAGGAAUUAUUGCCCUAGACUUGAACUGAAUAUUGCUUCAGAUGCUAUAAGAUUGAAGGAAAGUCCAAGUACUGUGGGCAUUGAACAAGUGAUCAGUGUUAAAGGAUUAAAUCUUCCAAGGAAGUCAUCCAUUGUGAAAAGACCAAGAAGUGAGGAGCUGUCAGAAGACGAUCUGUUGAGUCAGUAUUCCCUUUCAUUCACAAAGAAGACCAAGAAAAGUAACUGUGAAGGUCAUAAAUCAUUGAACUCUGAAAUGUUCAUGCCUGACCUGGUAGAUGGAACUACUUUAAAAAAAAACAUAAGCACACCACCUACAAGAAAUAAAUUUGCAGCAUUACAGAGAAAAAAUGAAGAAAGUGGUGCGGUUGUGGUUCCAGGGACAAGAAGCAGGUUUUUUUGCAGUUCUCUGGAUUCUGCCAACUGUGUAUCAGCGAAAGCAGGCGGUGAGCCCCCAGAAAAAAGUGCUGUCACAGAUGAAGAGGCCAGUGUAGCUGAACCGGAGCGUCAGGAUGGCAAGAAGCUGGCUGGUCCGGAUGGAGCACGUAAUUCAGAUGAUGAGGUUCCAGAUGAAAGUUCUAUCGCAGAUGAAGAGACCAGUGUAGAUAAAUCAGACUGUCAGGAUGGCAAGAAGCUGGCUGGUCCGGAUGGAGCAUGUAAUUCAGGUGAUCAGGUUCCAGACAAUGCAACUAUGAUUGCUGACGACUCUCUAUGUUUGGAGACCAGCAAAUUCACAAGGACCAUCUCACCACCCACCCUGGGGACGCUCAGAAAUUGUUUUAGCUGGUCUGGAAGUCUUGGAGAUUUUUCACGAACUUCAAGCCCCUCUCCAGGCGCAGCACUGCAGCAGUUCCGGAGAAGGACCGAUCCCCUCACUGCGGCACCGGACCAGAGGGAAGCGUCUGCUGUGUCCCAGUUAAAGAGUGAGGAGUCUGGUGAUGGAGCGCCUCCCGUGUGGGCAGCAGCUUGGUGUCCAAAGUCUCAAGGAAGCCCAGAACUGUCACCACACAUUAAAGUGUCAAAACUGUCUCAGCCUUCUAGUAAGGAUUCCGAUUCAGAGGAAUCUGACUGCAAUAAUAAGUCAUUUGAGAAUGAAGGAAAUCUGCAAUCCAAGCUACAUUUAUCUCAGUAUUCAAGAAAAGUCACACUUCUAAAAAACAAGAUUCCCGGGCUGUAUAAAUCUAGUUCUGUGGACAAUCUUUCUGCGACCAGGAUCAAGCCUCUAGUUCCAGCCCGAGCCAGUGGGCUCAGUAAGAAGCUCAACAUCCAGAAGAGAAAUCAUCAUAAUGCAGAGAACAGGCCAGGAUUGCAGAUGAAAAUCAACGCUCUGGAAAAUUUUGGAUUUAAAAAAGAUUUUGAAAAGCUGCCUUCUUGUAAGAAGCCAGAUCCCCUGUCGCCAGUCAAAGACAACAUCCAACUAACUCCAGAAGCAGAAGAGGAUAUAUUUAACAAAUCUGAAUGCAUGCGUGUUCAGAGAGCAAUAUUCCAAUAAAUGCAGGCAGCUGGGAGGCUAUUGCCUGCAAGACAAUCUCUAUCAAUUUGAAGUGCUGUUUGGGAAAGGGGCAGUUACCAGACUGAAAGAUUUAUGCAUAGAUGUAAUGCCAUUUUUUAAAUAGAGUACAUUUUGUAUAU